AUGGUUUCCAUCAACUCAACUUUGACUACAUUAGCCAUAGUCAUCAGUGAUUGCUUAGACCACAUGAGACGCUCCACGCAAUGGAUGAUACGUGCCAGUUAUAUAACCUCUGUGCUUUUUGGCGUUACUUCGCUAUGCUAUGUUGAAAAUACCGGAGAAGUCUACACCAAACCUUUGGUGACCAUUUACAGCGCCUUGGCAAACAUGGCAAUGUUGGCACUAGUGCCACAUUUCCUGCAUCUCGAUUAUAAUGCACAUUCUUUGCCUGUACUUACCAAUUCUUUGAUCUUCGUUCUAAAGGCUGUAGGUUCUAUAAUCACAGUUAUCAUCAAUUGGACCAAUCGGGAAGUUUUUGUGAAAACCUUAAAUGAUUUGGCAAGCAUUCGUUGCAAGUUUAUGCGCAGAUGGCCUUUGAGUGACAAAAUAAAAGAGAAAUUUGAGACGAUACUAAGACGAAAGCUGCUUUUGGGUUUUAUAACAUUGGCGGCCAUAAUGCUCAGCUCCAUUGAAUACAUCCAAACACAAUUGAAAAUUGAAAGUUUCUAUGCGAUACUACCAGCGAUUAUGGUGAACUGCAUUAUCAACAUGGUCAUCAUGAAUUAUUUCCUAUGCAUAACCCAUUUGAAUGUGCUGCUAUGGGCCAUCAAUGAGGAGUUGGAAAAAAUCCUAAAAUCUACCUAUCAACUAUGGCACUUAAGGAUUAUGGGACAAAUAGGACUAGGCACCUGGAUAACGCAAUGCUGUAGAUUGUCUGACAAUCUGGAUGAGUUGGCUGUUGCGCAACAUCACUUGCAUUUGCUGGGAAAUCGCAUCAACCGCAUGUAUGACACUCAAACAGCAUGCGUUUUAGUUAUGGUCUAUUUAAACAAUUUAUCUAUGAUUUACAUGUCCUAUCCGACUACGCAAAAAGCCAAGCUUUUUGACGAAUUCAGUAGCUGGGCUUUGGUGGUAAUGCCUAUUCUGAUGAUCCUGUACUACAUCGACUUGGUCUUUUUCGUAAGGGGUAUGAUUGAAUUCGAAGAGUCCUUUAUUGCCACCAGCAAACUAUUGAGAGAGCGCAAAUUGCUUUAUCCAGCAUUGGAUGUAAGGUUGGAAGAAAGUGUAAGUACAAGAUUUCCAUAUAAGUUCAUAGAAUUAAAGUACAUAUAA